AUGACCGUUUCAUAUUCCGCGGAGGUUCCCAAUGGGAGCAAUUUUGGCGUAUUUUGGCGAAUUCUUUGGAAAUGGCGCGGUAGUGUAUAUAAAGCCGUCUGGCGGGAACUGCUGGCGUACUUACUAGUCUACUACACACUUAACUUUACCUACCGGUACGGUCUGAACGAGGAUGGCAAAAGGGUGUUCGAGCGGAUAAGGACAUACUUUGGGCAGCAGCGCGAAACGGUGCCGCUGUCGUUCGUGCUCGGCUUCUACGUCAGUCUGGUGGUGAAGCGCUGGUGGGAACAGUACCGGAUGCUGCCCUGGCCCGACACGCUCGCGCUGUUCGUGAGCGCCGCCAUCCAGGGCAACGAUGAAACGGGACGGUUAAUGCGACGAAAUAUUAUGCGCUACAUGGUGCUGUCGUACGUGAUUACGCUACAGAAGAUUUCGCUGCGCGUGAAGCGCCGGUUCCCGGGCUGGCAGCACCUGGUCGACGCCGGCCUGAUGCUGGAGAGCGAGCGGAAGAUCUUCGAGAUCAUGGACGCGAAGAGCCCGAUGUCCAAGUACUGGAUGCCGCUCGUUUGGGCGACGAACAUCAUCAACCGGGCGCGCAAGGACCAGCUGAUCCCGUCCGACCACAUCGUCCAGACGCUGCUGAUGGAGCUGUCGGACAUCCGGCGCCGGCUCGGCGGUCUGAUCGGGUACGACACGGUGUGCGUGCCACUGGUCUACACGCAGGUGGUGACGCUCGUGCUGUACUCGUACUUCACCGCCGCCAUCAUGGGCAGCCAGAUGAUACCGACGUUCAACGCGGCGGACGGCACGUACCAGGAGCUGGACGUGUUCUUCCCGCUGUUCACCGUGCUGCAGUUCGUGUUCUACGUCGGCUGGCUGAAGGUGGCCGAGGUGCUGAUCAACCCGUUCGGCGAGGACGACGACGACAUCGAGCUGAACUGGCUGAUCGACCGGCACAUCAAGGCGUCCUACAUGAUCGUGGACGAGAUGCACGACGAGCAUCCGGAGCUGCUGAAGGACCAGUACUGGGAGGAGGUCGUACCGAAGGACCUGCCGUACACCGUCGCCUCGGAGCACUAUCGGCGCGAGGAGCCGAAGGGUUCGGCCGAGCACUACAAGGUGAAGGAGGCGGACGCGGUCUACGCCAACAUCGGGGCCGUCGGUGGCAAGCGCAUGAUGAACGACGAGAUGUACGCGGACUAUGAAAGCGUCGACACACCGAUGGCCGAGCGGCGCAAGGGUUGGCUCGGGAAGGUGAGCCGGAUGGGCUCGGGACGCAGCUCUUCGACGGCCUACUCGUCCGGUGGGCUGUUCGCGCGCAAUCGUCACAACUCCGUCUACUCCAGCCCGGAGGCGGGUCUCGGACAACCCAUCGUGACGGGUGCGCCACCACCGAAAGUGAGCCUGUACGAUCGGUUCGUCAACCGCAAGUCCGGACGACACGCGCGACAGAUUAUCAAGCAAAAUUCCAAGCUCAGCCUUAACGGAUCCGUAAUUUCGAACGUGCCGCAGAAGGCUCGACCUCGGAUACCGACACCGGACGUCACCAAGGAGAGCCGCAUUCCGCCGCUUGGCACGAUGACCACGAGCACGGCGAACAUUGCGUCCGGCGUGGCGCUGAUGGCGACACAGCUGGCCAACAAUCCCUCCAUCUACCCGACGUCCACGGCCACCAUCAACAACAACGAAGUUCCGGUGGUCGGGACGCUCCUGCUGGCGCCCAUAAAGGAGCUCGAUUCCAGCUCGACGACCAACACGCUACACUCGGGCCACUCGGCCACGGCCGCCCUGGCCAAAUCGAUAUUGCCAUCGGCGCUCAAAGGUUCCGUGUCGCCGUUCGGGAAGGAUGGCACCAACCUCGAGCUCGCCCUAACCACCACACCGUCACCGCUCGGUGGGCAGACCAACACCGUGCUGGUGCUUCCCACGACCGUAUCCGGUGCACUUCCGCCAUCCGGUUCCGGCGGUUCAUCGUUGGACACGAUCGACGGUAGCAGCUCGGGCGGAACGGGAAGCCUGGGCAACGGGGGCAUUGGACGGGGCGGGCAUGCCCCAACCGACACGGUCAUACCCCUUUCGCUUACCUCCAUCCCGCUCUCGUUCACCGUGACACCGGUCACGAAUAAUACCACCACGACCAGCAGCAGCACGAUCAUUACCGAGCUGCCGUGCGACGACGGAGAGGUCUGCACGAGUGUUGCGGUGGGGAACGAGAAGGGCACCGGUCAUCGGGCGCUGACGGCGACGGCCAGCACCAGCGAGAGCACGUCCUCCGCUGCGUCAACGCUGAGCAAGUCAAGAAAACCGAAGCACGGUGAAGUUUACGUGUAAAAGGCGUUUAAAAUGCAUUUGCAUCAAGGAAGAAUGAACGAGAAUGUAGAACACUUAACCACAACUAGAACAGAAGAGAAGAGAGCUUCUCCAGGAGUCGACCGAAGGGAAGUGAUGUGCCAACUAUUUCCUACUACUUCCUUUUCAAACGCUACGCUACGCGGCGUGCAGCUCUAACCACUCCAACACUAUCUACACCCCGCCUUCGAUAGCUGGAAGCAUCUUAUUUAGAUUCCACCACGUACCCGCUGCUGCUGGGAAGUUUUUCGAUUCUAACACCCGUUGAUACAAAGUAUUGGUUGUUUUGUUUUUUUAAACUUCCCGUAAAGGAAUCGCAAAGAGAAGAGGUUCGAAUCCCUUCCUCCGCUUUUAACGUACGUGUUUAAGUAAUUUUAGUGAAUCGGUACCGGACCGGAGGGCUAGAGAGGGAAGUGAUUUUAUCGAGGUACUUUGUUUGUUCGUUUUAGUACGGUCACUUUGGACACAUUGUUAACAACCUAUACUCGCCGCUGUAAAAUGGAAACCGAGUGCCAGACGGACGAUGAAAAGAAGAAGUGUGGGUGUGAGAAGAAACUAGGCAAAAAUAGGAAAGGAAGUCCCCGCGGGGGCAGGAAGUGCAAGAUUUGUAUUUUUUGUUUUUUUUUAUCGAAAUAAUGUUUACCAUCGGAGUAUCUGCAAACGGAUAUUUGUAUAGGGUAUGAACAAUUUUUAAAAUAAACGUGAUCAUGAAAGC